AUGCGCCGCAAGAUACUUUCCGACGACGACUCCGACGCUGGCGACGCACACGAGUCGCGGCCAAGAAGGGCCACGAGGGGCGUCUCCUACGCCGAGGAGAAAAACGACGAGAACGACGACGACGACGAGGAUCCCACAGACAAACCACAAAGUGGGAAACGAGAAAAGCCACCACGGGCGGAGGACGCCCUUGAAGACGACGAGGAAACAGCAGCAGAGCCGUCGUCCCCCGAGAAGGACGACGGCGGAGACGAUUACGACGCCGAUGAUUUCAACGACGACUCCGACGACAAGGUCUCUCGGCCAAAGAGAAACAGAAAACCCAGGGCCUCCCAGCGGAAACCAGCGCGGGGCAGGAAGCGUCAUUUGGACUCCGACGACGAAGAUUUCCAAGACGACGGCGACGACGGCGGCGAUGAAGACGAGGACGACUUGAGCAUGUCGGACGAGGACGAGUACGUGGAAAAGAAGAAGCGCGAUGCGUUCAUCGUCAAGGACGAGAAUGACUGGGACGAAGACGAAGACGGCGCAUACGGCGACAGACGCAAAUCCAAGAAAAGAAAAGGACGUUCCAAAAAGAGCAGAUCGGCGUCUAUUGAGCCCCGCAGAGCUACGCGCUCGGGCAGGUUCUUGGAGGAAGAACACGAGGAGCUGACGAUGAUCAACAACACCGUGGACGGCGACGAAGAAGACGAUAUCCGCCAGGAGGUGGCUGACUUGUACGACUCGUCGCCCAUGCAUGACUCUGAGCCGGCAGCGCAUAAACUCCGCCAACGCACCAAAGUCGAUUACACCAUCCCGCCUCCGAUUACAAAUGAUAUGUUUGCGGAGAGACCCUCGACGCCCACGGGGUUGAGGGGAAGAAAAGGACGUCCUACGAAGCAGAAUGAGUUUCGCCAGAUCCUAUAUCCGACAGCGGGCCCCUUUGGUGGCAGCGACGUGAUCUCGCUAUUUGGCACAAAUAUCCCACCAGGUGGCAUCCCUUUAACGGGCGGCUCGACAACGGGGAACAACAUGACCGCUAUAGGUCAAAACGUGAGCGACUCAGAUACUUCUGAAGACGAAAUCGCGCCCAUUAACGGUGAAGCCACCGUGAGCAAGAAGCAGAACCCCAAGAGGGACAAGUCGGGUGGUAAACUAAUCACGGGCGGAACAGAUGAUAACAAAAACACCUCCAAGGGCAAGAACAAUCUCAGUGAUACCGAUCCCUUGGGCGUGGAUAUGAAUAUCGAUUUCUCGGUCGUGGGAGGCUUGGACAACUACAUCAACCAAUUGAAGGAAAUGGUGGCGUUGCCAUUGUUGUACCCCGAGCUUUAUCAGAAUUUCGCAAUUACCCCACCGCGAGGCGUUUUGUUCCACGGUCCACCAGGGACUGGUAAGACCUUGAUGGCUCGAGCUCUAGCUGCGAGCUGCUCUACUUCCGAAAGGAAAAUCACCUUUUUCAUGAGAAAGGGCGCCGACUGUUUGAGUAAAUGGGUCGGUGAAGCUGAGAGACAGUUGCGGUUGCUUUUCGAAGAGGCCAAAAACCAACAACCUUCCAUCAUAUUUUUUGAUGAGAUUGAUGGCUUGGCGCCCGUGCGAUCGUCGAAGCAAGAACAAAUCCACGCAAGUAUCGUGUCGACAUUGCUAGCGUUGAUGGAUGGUAUGGACAACAGGGGACAGGUGAUUGUUAUUGGCGCCACCAACAGACCCGAUGCAAUCGAUCCGGCAUUGCGAAGACCCGGUAGGUUUGACCGAGAGUUUUAUUUUCCCUUGCCCGAUAUCGACUCGCGAAAGGAGAUUUUGAAAAUUCACACCAAGAAAUGGGUUCCGCCUUUAAGAGAUGACUUUUUGGGCAAUCUAGCCGAUCUUACUAAAGGCUACGGGGGUGCCGAUUUGAGAGCCUUGUGCACGGAAGCUGCCCUCAACAGUAUUCAAAGAAAGUAUCCUCAGAUAUAUGAGACCAACCACAAACUAGUUGUCCACCCGUCGAAAGUCAAGGUGAUUGCCAAGGACUUUAUGAAGGCAUUGGAAAGAAUUGUUCCGUCAAGUGCCCGAUCUACCACGGGUGGUUCGUCGCCGCUCCCCGAGCAUCUCAAGCCUCUUCUACAGGCUGAACUAGAUGAGAUACUUUUAAAAUUGAAUGACUUGCUCCCUGCCUCAGUGAAUACAUCAGGCAAGUUGCAGAAAUUCACGGCGCUCGACGAAGCGAAAUAUCUCGAUCCCACAACCAAGGAUGCCGACGGUGGGUUUGCCAAGCAGCAAUUGCUCAGGACGUUGGAAAACUCUAGAAUCUGCAGACCGCACUUGUUGAUAAGCGGACGAGAAGGCAAUGGGCAACAAUAUUUGGCAGCGGCAGUCUUGAACCAUUUGGAAGGGUUCCAAGUGCAAUCGCUAGACUUGGGAUCCAUGUUUGGCGACUCCACUAGAACACCGGAGCUGGCCAUUGUUCAAGCAUUCAUCGAAGCGAGAAGACACCAGCCGGCAAUCAUCCUAAUCCCUAGCAUCGACAUUUGGUUUGACGUCUUACCCUCGCCAGCGAAGGCCACGUUGUCAAGCUUGCUCCGCGGGUUGAAAAGCAACGAAAAGUUGCUAUUGCUCGGUAUUGCCGAGUCGUCGAUGGAGGACUUGGGCGAGGAGAUUCGGGGAAUCUUUGGAUUCGAAAGUCCCUCGAAUAACAUCGCGUUGAGGAACCCCAAUGAAAGCGAGAGAAGGCUUUAUUUUGCCACGUUGUGGCAAACCUUGUCGAUGAAACCGUUUGAGUUUGUAAACGACUUGCAAAAUAGACCAAAGCGGAAACUCAAGCAGCUUAAAAUUGCCGACGUGGAGAUAAAAGCAUCAGAGUCGGAACUCACCAGGAAGAAAAUCAGGGAACAAGAAUACCAAGAUACGAAACUUAAAAACGUUUUGAAAAUCAAACUCGCCAGUUUGAUGGACUUGUUCAAGGUCCGGUACAAGCGGUUCAAGAAGCCCAUUGUCGAUGAGAACUUGUUGUACCAUCUCUUUGACCCCUCGGUGCUAGAUAACCCGCUCAACAACUACCAAGUUCUCUACAUCCGUUCCGAGGACCCAGGUUCCGAAAACAUGAUCAAGGAAAUCACCACUGGUAGGAACUACUACAACAUGGAUUUGGAUACUAUUGAAGAACGGUUAUGGAACGGGUUUUACAGCGAACCAAAGCAGUUCCUCAAGGACUUGAAGUUGAUCUUGAAGGAUAGCGUCACUUCGAAUGACCGUGAUCGGAUCCUCAAGGCCAACGAGAUGAUCACUAAUGCCCAAUUUGGCAUCGAUGACAUUUCAACUCCCGAGUUUGUCAAGGCUUGUAAGGAGGUGAGAGAGCGGGAUCUCAUCAAGCAGAAACAAUUGUUGAAAGAGCACGAAGAGUUGAAGGCCAAGAUGGAAGCCAAUGCAGCUGCGGCAACUGCUGCAACUGCAGAUGAAGUUGUUUUGAAUGGAACUGUGGCGGACUCAGGUCAUCCAGUCAACAACGCAGAUGCUCCAGGUCCAGGUCCAGCUCCAACUCCAGGAGAAACCAAAACCAAAGCCGGAGACUUGAAUGGGGCAACACCAGAAAUAGAUUCAAACGGGGGAGUGGGCGUGGCGAUCACCGAGACUAUCGAGGUGGACAAUAACGCCAACGGCAGCAGCAAGGAAACCACGACCGCGGUCAUUGAAGACGCUGAGUCGGAAUCCGAAGCUGAGGAAUUGCUAGAUGUCGAUUUCUCCCGACAAGUCCAACUCGAUCAAUCCAAAGUGACUCUUCUCCAAGCUAGGAUUCUUGAAAUGACGGCAGAGUACAAUGUAGAACGGUUGGAGAUCGUGAUGGCACGAUUGAUGGACGUUAUCUGGAAAGAUAGGAACGAGUGGGACAAGUCCCAGACGUUGGCUGAUCUCGAAGCUACAAUCAGCUCGCUCCAAGCUACGCUUUAA